GGCUAAUCUCAUUGCUUUUGCAGUUGGGCAGUAUAAAAUGAUAGCUACAAAACUGUACUGCGGUAAUGCAGAAUGACUGAAUGUGAAUGAACCACAUAGUUGAUCGAUUGUCCUAAAAUUGGAUACGACUUGCAAAUUCUUCUUUCCCCUAGACAUUUCAUCUUAUCCCGCCUGCGAAUCAUGAGUAUCAAAUUACCUCAUCCACAAAUAUUUUAUCCUCUGCAAAGUAGUAAUUCAAUCGGUAAAAAUUCUGUAACACUUUCCUCUUCUUCGGCUCCCUCCAAUUCUCCAGUUCAAAUCCAGCUUCCUCUCCAGAGACCCAAAUGGAAACCACAAAAUCCCAUAACCCCUGCAAAACCCAGGAGAUGUUCCAUCACAGAGAUUUUGCGCUUAUGGGACGUCCUUCAAAUCCCCAUAACUCGGGACUUUUACCUUUCUCUCAUUGAAGAAUGUACAAAUACUCGUGACCCUUUACAGGCAAUAGAGCUCCACAAUCAUCUCAGUACUAGUAGUCUUCGUCCAUCCUUGUCAAUUUUUAAUCGUUUGUUGUUGAUGUAUGGAUCCUGCGGCUGUAUGGAAUAUGCGGAGAAGCUGUUUGAUAAAAUGUCCGUGAGGAGUGUGACCACUUGGGCUGCCGUUAUGUUUGGGUGCUUCAAGAAUGGCGAUUAUGAAAAGGUUGUAGAUGUGUUUGUUCAGAUGUUGUACUGGAAUAGAGGCAAAGUUGAAUGUGGUGAUUUGGAUAAUAAUAAUGCAGUUUGUGUGAUCGCAGUGUGCGUUCUUAAGGCUUGUGCCAAAACAAUGGACUUGGACCUCGGAAUACAAGUACAUUGUUGGCUGGUAAAGAUGGGUCAUGGCCAACAUCCCGUUUUAAUUCAAUCUUUGAUGAGAUUUUAUGGUAAACUAGGAUGUGCAUAAGGUUCGGACUGAACCAGAACAAGGCGAUUUGCAUUAAAACGACAAGUUCAGGCAGUUACUGUGUUCUAGGACAUGGUGAAGGAAAGUGUGAAUAACGAAUCGUAGUGCAUUUUCUAUUCUGAAAUGAACGAUUGGGGAUGUCGUGGCCAACAGAUCCAUGCUAUUGUAAUCAACGGAGGACUUGAGCUGAAUGAGCGAGCAGGUACAAUGUGGAUGGUUUCAAAAUGUAUGGAAAAUUGGGUUAGUAAAAUAAGCGAGAAAAUCGCUCAAGAUGUAUGGAAAAUGAGAGACAUGUAUCUUGUCAGAAUGCAAUCCUUGGCUUACAGGGCAUGUACAACCUAGACUUGGCAAUGGAGCCUUCAAAUUUGAAUACUUGAUGAAGGAUUGAAGGUGGCUGGAUCUUCAAACCACAUGAGGCAUAGCUCCAUGAAGGUGUACCCUGUGGAGGUUUUUAUUAGAGAAGACUGACAUUUGAAUAGGAGCCUGUUGGUUUAACUUUUUUAAUCAUCAACUGGAGUGGCUCUAUUAUUAAAGAUGUCAUAUUGUUAUGUAGCCCUUUACAUUUUCAGAGGAAGAUAACUGCACCUUUAGGUUUCCCGUGAUUUGUUAUGUAGUUUAAAGCCGUCCAAACAUAUUGUAGCUUACAAGCAAUUGUAAGAUUAGGUCAUCGUUGAAAGCUGAGCAUACAUAUGUUUCAGGGAAAUAGUAUUUUGGUUGUAAAGCAGGAAGCUGAUACAUAGUCGCAAAUUUUCUUCCUUACCGAAAGUGAAAACUAGAUAGAGCCGUUAUCUAGGCUUAUUACUGCGCGCUUUGUUGUUCUGCUAUCUCCAGGCAUUGGUAGAUGGCCGAGAUUUCUGCUGUUUCAACAGAGCAGCUGCCCAGAAAAAUCCUGGACCCGUGCAGUCUGAUUCCGGUUUCCAAACCUACCAUUUCACUUUAGUAAGCAUUUUCCAAGCAUGGCUUUCGCCUUCAAUUUCUUUUCAUUAAGUUUUCUUUAACCGCAAAGUAAACAAUUUGUUGCUUUUACCGGGGAUCCACAAUUCGGAUUAUGUUUCUAUUGUAUUCGGAGUGCUAAAGUUUCGCAUUUUCUCCCCCUUCUCAGCUCUAAGAAGAUCCUGUCAUCCUUCAAAGUUACCUUCCUUCCUAAAAUUUAGACGAAUAUAUGAUGUAUCCAAAACUCCACAAGAUUCCCGGUUAGGUCUUGUAAUUAAAGAAUUCAAUAAAUAUAUUUCAAUUAAAUCACGUAAAACGUUGAGCAUAAUCUUAAAACAAACUGAUCGGAAAAAUAG